AUGGCCCUAAAGUUGGAAGCAAAGGGUGGUAAGAAAGGAAAUGUAUGGGAUGAUGGUGUUCACGAAAAUGUUAGAAAAGUAUAUGUAGGGCAAGGCCAGAGUUGUAUAUCCUUCGUCAAGUUUGAGUAUGUUGAUGAUUCUGAAGUGGUUAUUGGAGAUGAACAUGGAGAACACACACAAAAAGUUGAGGAGUUUGAGGUUGAUGAAAAUGACUACAUCGUUUACGUAGAAGCUUUCCGUGAGACAGCAACUCAAGAAACCAUCGUGGCUCUUAAGUUCGAGACUUCCAAAGGCAAAACCAAUAAGCACUUCAAGGAGGGUCCGGGGGUGAAGUUUGUUCUCCAAGGUGGCAAAAUCGUUGGGUUUCACGGGCGUUCCACCAAUGUUCUACACUCCCUUGGAGCCUAUAUUUCUGACCCAAUAUCCACUCAUCAAUUGCAUGGAAAGUGGACAAAGACUAUGUGA